AUGUAUAAUUAUAUGAUGAAGUACAGGGUACACAGUAUUGAAAAUGCCUAUUUAAGAGAGUGUCUGAAAAGGGAAGUAGUCCCUAAAGGGUUGAGGGUGGUUAAAUACCCUAAUAAUGUUGUUGUUGGGUCUCACUUUCAUAAAAGUUUGGUGAAAAUAUUCAAUAAUUGUGGGCUUGAAAUUUUGAAAGCAAUUAUUGAAGAAAAUGAAAACAAGCAAAAUGAAUUGGUGAAGGAGAUCGAAGAAUUGGAUAAAAAUAUAAAGACUGAUUUAAUUUUUAAUAUUAAAGAAGAAAGGGAUAGAUUUUAUAACAUUAGGAGAGACAUUGACACCAAAUGUGAGAACAUAACACAACGUAAGAUGGGGAAGUUAAAAAGAGACAUUAACAAAUAUGAGAAUGACAUUAGUUACCCCAAACCCAUAGAAAAAGGGUACAACACAAAUGGUUUUAGGAGGAAAAGCAACAAUUUUUUUAAAAAACAAGGCGGGUAUGUCAAUAGAAGUGAUGUUGAAUGGGAAACAGAGGUGUACAACAAUGAAUUUCCACCGUUGGGGGGAAAAAAGGUGUACGAACCUGCGGACAAAGGUGGGGCUGUGGUGGUUCACAACUGGGUGGAUUAUGAAGCAGAGGCAGAGCGACAACUGUCAAACAAACUUCAUUACAUGGCAAUGCCUACUGACCCAACAAGCACACCAAAACCAGAAGUCUCUACAAAGCAGGAUGAAGCUAUCAAGAAGGAAAAUGCACUGGCAAAGUCCACGCUGUGUGAUAGAAAUGAAAUCUUCAUCAUCCUCUCCUUCUUCUGCUUUCUUCUCCUCGCCCUGUCAACAGCAGUGAUCAUUUUCUAUGUUCAAGAAAAAGGAAAGAAUGUUGAUUACCACAUGAAAAAGCUAAAACUGGAAAGUAACUUAAGUGUGGUUUCUCAGAAGUUUUCCCAGCUAAGAGAUGCAUUUUGCACGUCAUCUAAUGGAACCAUGUGCACUGUCUUUCCUUGGGGGAAACUGAAUGUUUCUGGUUGGACAACAUAUUUUCAAGACAGCAUCUACUUCUUUUCAAAUAAAAAAUUAAGUUGGAAUGACAGUAUGAAAGCGUGCAUGUCAAUGAUAUCCAACUUGGUGGUUAUCAAUGAUGAAGAAGAAAAGAAUUUUAUAAAGGAGUCUACAGUUAUAACUCGGGCACCAUAUUGGAUUGGACUGACUGAUCAGAAGGUUGAAGGUAAAUGGUGCUGGGUAGAUGAUCCUGACUGUAAUGUGACCCAUACAAAAUACUGGGGAAAUGGGGAACCAAAUGAUUCUAAUAAUGAGGACUGUGCCACAGAGCAAUUUAAAAAGAAUACUCAGUUAACCUGGAAUGAUGAUGGAUGUCAUAAGCCUCACAGGUGGAUUUGUGAAAGGAGUGCCUCAUUCAUUUUUGUGUAGUAUUACAUGCAUUUUACAUUUUAGUUUUCAAUGUGAUUAAUAAAAAUUAAAAGCAGA